UUGAUCAGUCGGCUCAGGAAACUUCUGGUGGAGAAAGUACUGACGUCCAGCCUGAAGGGAAACGAACGAUUUUGUGUAAAGAAUUGCUUUGCUCCUGCAGAGGACAAUAGGCUAUCUCUGGAAAAACAGCACACAUAUUUUAAAUUGCUCAUUUUAAUGCUUUUUGCACGGUGCACAACUCAAAGUCUAUAAUUAAUGUUUUUUUAAUAGAUAGUCACACUCUUGGAUAAACACUUGGCUUUAGCUUUAAAAAGCGGAUUAUCUGACUGAGUCAUUGUGUUCAUUAGACCAGUCUACUUUUUCCCCUCCUCUUCGCAUUUGAGGUUUAUGCUGUAACUGAAGAGAACACCAACAAUGAUUCUGAGUCUUUGCCUCUUGGUCACAUUUAUCUUGGGGCUGUCCGGAUGUUUGGGUUCAUACGUGCCAUGCGAGCCCUGUGACGACAAGGCGCAGUCCAUGUGCCCUCCGGUCCCGGUCGGCUGCCAGCUGGUCAAGGAGCCGGGCUGUGGCUGCUGCCUAACAUGCGCCCUGUCUGAGGGACAGGCGUGCGGCGUUUACACCGGGACCUGCGCCCAGGGCCUCCGCUGUCUGCCCAGGAGCGGGGAGGAGAAACCCCUGCACGCCCUUCUCCAUGGCAGGGGACUGUGUACCAACGAGAAAGGAUACAAACCUGCGUACCCAUCCCUAGAUCAUGACUCCCAAGAACAUGAGGACACCAUGACCACAGAGAUUGCGGAAGAGCUGCAGCCAGCUAAAGUGCCACUCCAUCAUAAAGAUAUUGUGAGCAGUAAAAAAGUUCAAGCACUGCGCAAGGAGCAAAAGAAGAAGCUGGGCAGACAGCGCUCUAUGAGCUCCAUCAUGGUCCCUCCAAUGGACUACUCCCCUCUGCCCAUCGACAAACAUGAGCCUGAAUAUGGACCAUGCAGGAGGAAACUGGAUGGGAUUGUUCAAGGGAUGAAGGACACUUCUCGUGUAAUGGCUCUGUCUUUGUAUCUGCCCAACUGUGACAGAAAAGGAUUCUUCAAGCGCAAGCAGUGUAAGCCAUCUCGUGGCCGCAAACGAGGCAUCUGCUGGUGUGUGGAUAAGUAUGGCGUUCAGCUCCCUGGCACAGACUACAGUGGAGGAGACAUUCAGUGUAAAGACCUGGAGAGCAGCAACAACGAGUGAAAAGGAGAGGACCACCUUCGACCCCCCACCCCGUCCCCACCAACCAACCACCAUGUGACCCAGGGCCCACGUCUCUUCUCUGAAUCACACCUGUAUGCUCCGCCCUCCAUUCACUUCAAGAGUUUUGGUUUUUCAAAUUGAAGCAAGAGAACAGGCUGAAAAAAGACACUUACAAUUCUUUUCUUUCUUUCUUUUUUUGUUGUUGUUGACCAAGCACUCAUUUUCAAAUGAGGGGAAAAAGUCCUAUAAGAUCUACUAGAUCCCUUGACUAUUGCUCAUGGAACCCCUUGUAUAAACUGGGUCCCCUGGUUGCAGUUCCAUGAAAAUAUAUGCACACAAUGGAUAUAUUUUUCUAGAAGCUGGGGUUUUCAAUGCAAAGCUUUGUAUGAUGUAAAUUUAACACGAAGUCAUUUUGAAGAAAAACAAAGCAUCAGGCACACUGAAUAAAACUAAAUCAGUUUUAGGCUGUGGAACAUGAUGCCGCUGCAGAAAUGAUGAUUGGCUGUUGAUUAAUUUUUUUUGUCUGUUACCCUAAAGAAAGAAAGAAAAAAGAGAAAGAAACAACAGCUAGGGAUCUGCUGUAACAGUUGACUUUGUCUGGGUAUGUGGUUCUGUCAGAGCACUUACAGUAUGAUAAGGGAACCUGCUUAGAUAUAUGUAACUUCACAAAAUGAUGAUGCAUGCAUGAAUGUGUGUAUGUAUGUGUACAGCGAGAGUGCAUGGUACGUAUCAGCCUAAGCUGGUGCAUGAUGGAGUGAGUGUGUUUCAAAAAAGAAUGUCCUUUUUCCUCUCUCUUUUGUUUGAUCUAGUCACAAGUAUCGCUAUAGCUUGAAGUGGAUUUGAGGUUGGCCUUCUCUUUAAUGUAAAGUGUCUCGGGUCACAGGGCGUUUGGCAACAAAAGGGUGAGCAGAUCGUCACAGAUGACCCUGUGUGAGUGGCUUUUCAACUAUGUAGCUAACCUGAUAUGCCAACUGUGCCUAUUUGAACAGACACUGCCAUGCAGGGCGACACAGAGCUCAGAGAGCGCUGACUCUGCUGGUUUUCAGCUUAAGUGAUGGGACUCAAGUUUGAUUUUUGAGCUGAGUACAUAAUCAAACUUGCCAGUCAGGCCAGUUGCUUCUCUGAUUCAGUUGUGUGAAGUGUAGCUUUGUAUGGUUUUGUUUGUGCUGUUUUCCUUUGCCUUCAGUGAAGUAAAGACUGCCCACUUUUGAGCCAUGUUCCUUUUUUCAAGUGGUUUCCCCUCAGUACUGCUACUACAGUGUAACCAUGAUGUAUUACAUUACGUUUAAAUAUAGUUAUUGAAUAUUGUUUUUCCUGUAGUGUGACAACAAUGUAAUUGUGCUUGACAAAAAGGUUAGGCUGUAAAGAAUUUGAAUAGGUGCUUGUAGCCUGUCAGGAGAAUGACCCAUAGUCAUCUGACUACAGGGCAGUCAAAGAAGCUAACCCUCUGAAACCCUUCUGCUUACAUGCCGCCCUGCAAAGGUUAUCUACCUACAUCCAAGGGACAUGCGAUGAAAACAAAAUGGUUACAGGUUAUACUGUAACUCAGUCAUUUAAGUGGAGUUGUUCUCUCUCUGUGUGUGAGUCACAGUGCCUUCCUACAUGCUUAAACAGUGACAUGAAAGCGACGUGGAUAUCAUACGAAAUCCGCCCCAGGGCUGGUACUUGAUAUGACAGAAAAGAAGUCCAGGUUCAGUUCUGAUUAAGAGAAGAAUAAUGAAUGUGUCCUGUAAAUGCUGUCAGCAAUGCAUUGCAAAUCCAUUUGUAUUCUCCGCCUGUACCUUGUGGCAACUUUGUUAAGAUGUGUGAGGAACUGGUGUGUAACUACAGUCAUUUAAGCCUCCCUCCACUCUUUCUUUGACAAUCAAUAAGCUAAGAUUCUUGCUUUUUCAUGUGAAUGCCAAUGUAUAUGAUUGCCAGAGAGGGGAAACUAAAGGAUGCUCGGAGGUAAAUCAACCAAUUCUUUUGAUGCAACAGAAGAGAAAUGAUAUGUGCAUCCUAAAUGGCUUCCAGUUGUGAAUAUAUUAUCCUUGCCCCUUUUCUAACACCAAACCCCCACUACCACUUUUGAAAAAUAAAAGCAGCUUGCACUUAUUUCAGUUACUCACUAUUGAUAGACACACAACAUCAUCCUAAGAUGUGAUAUCUUGAAGUUAGUGGGACAAAAAAGCAGCCACUAAAGCUAAAUGUUGUGUUAUCGUGUGCUUACCUUGUAAAGGUGGCACUCUGAGGUAAUAUUUGUUGACAGGGGCUGUACAGCCCAUGCCUGGGACCUACAGUAACAUCUUUUAGGAAAAAAUAGAUUAAAAGCAAUACACAGCUACAGAUUCUCAUGGCCUAUUGCACAGAGAUGAGAGUUGAGAUAAAGAGAGGGAAAUGAGGGAAGAGGAAGAGCGAGCGCCAUGGGCAGUGGUCGUAAUCAGAGCCUAGUCACUUCCCCAAUAUGGGGUCACCAACUGCAUAACAUUAGAUACAGUUAGAAAGACAGUUAUCAGGAGUCAUGGAAAUCUGGGAAAUGCAAUGCUGCAACCAGGAGUAUAAUGCCAAGUUCCACCUGUUGAGAUGAAAAUCAGUGACAUAUCUGACCAUUUAAUGUCCAGAUAAAGCAAAAAUAUGAGUGCUUAAAUUUUCCAGGCGUUUGCUUUUUUGAUUUGGAUUGAAAUUCAGGAUUGUUUAAAAGCUCUCUGGCUCUCUGUUUCCCACUCCUGUUUGCAAGCAGUGCCUUCCUCAGGUUUCUCAUCUCCUACUAUUUGGUUUAAACUCAUAUUCAGACUUCACCUUCCAGUAGUACAGUAAUUACCGUGCAGCUUUUUCUGAAUACAUACACUUUUUGGCUGUAAUGAGACAACACAAUUAGGUUUUCAUAAUUUGGUGUUCACUGGCUUGUGAAAGAGACCCAUUGGUGGCAGGAGGAUAGUGGGGAAAAAUGGUCAGUAUUUGGAACUACAUAAAACCAAUAAGAAAAAAAAUGACAAAAAAAUCUCAAAUUAUUAAAGUGAAUAUCACUGUGUAAUAUUUAUUCAACUUGUAAUUUAUGUACUCUUUUAACCUUUGUCUUUUUUUUUGUUAUGAC